GAUUAGGCUUCCUUAAAAAGUCCCAUAUGUGAAGGGGCAUUGGGUCAUGAACUUUGUGCCCUCUCUUUUCUCGUCCACACUGCAUCAAGUCACUUGGGACUACUAGUCCACAAUGUCAGCAGCUCCAGCGUCUGCAGAGACAGACGAAAGUGUGAUUGAGACUUCUGUAGCCAACGCAGCCAAAACUCGUAAAUAUGGACGGCGGAUUCUCAACCAAUACGAAGUGUACGGGGAGAUCGGGCGAGGGAUGCAUGGUAUCGUUCGUCGUGGCAUUGACACCACUACUGGCGAGCAGGUCGCUAUCAAGAUGGUGAGACGUGUUCCUAAGCGCAAGAACUUAACGUCUGCUCUCCGUGCCAAUCGCGGGGGUGAUCCCAAGCUCGACUCUCAAGAGGCAAAGAUCAAACGCGAAGUUGCUAUCAUGAAGAAAUGCUCCCAUAAGCAUAUCGUCCGGUUACGUGAAGUCAUCGAUGAUGCUCUCAAUGAGAAAAUCUUUAUGGUUCUCGAGUACAUGGCGGGCGGUGAAGUUAAAUGGAGAACAAAGACUGAGCCGUCAAGGCCCGUCUUAUCCGUUAAACAUGCUCGUUCCAUUUUUAGGGGUGUUCUCCUUGGUUUGGAAUAUUUACAUCACCAAGGAAUCAUCCACCGUGACAUCAAGCCGGCCAACCUUCUUCUGGACCAAAAUGGCAUCGUCAAGAUUUCCGACUUUGGCGUCUCCCAUUACUCCCAUACUCUUCGUCUAGCAGCCGCUGACAAUGAGAGCGAGGAAGAGGAACGUGCCUUAUUCGAUGAAGCCGUGUUAAAGCAGACUGCGGGGAGUCCUGCCUUCUAUGCUCCAGAGCUGUGCUAUCGUGGCAACAUAAAGAAGAAAGACGAAGGGAAUGAUCUUACUUCUCGUGUAGAGGCUAUUUCUAUUGGCGGAGCAACUCCAAGCGAUGUCAUUACUCUCCCACCAAAGCCUACGAUCUCAAUGGCUGUUGAUGUCUGGGCUUUGGGCGUCACAUUGUUCUGCCUUCUGUUUGGGAAAACCCCCUUCGACGCACCUACCACGUUCCACCUCAUCCAGGUUAUCCCAGUCGAGGAUUACGUUGUGCCCGACACAAUGGGAGAAGAUAAAGUAUCAACUCACGAAGGGGAGGGUCUAGAAGUUAGGGAACUUAUCGCCUGGUUCUUGGAAAAAGAACCAGCUAAACGGAUCACGAUAAAAGAAGCAAAAGUGAGGUUCUUGCAGCCUUUCCUGUUCCUUUCUUAUGCCUUGAUUGUUUCUUUCUCUUUCCAGCUUGAUCCAUGGGUCCAGCGCGGGCUAGAGAACCACUCAGAAUGGCUCGAAAAGACUGCACCUGAACGGCGUGCUUUGGUGUCGGUUAGUGCACAAGAGGCUGAGGUUGCCAUCACUAAAAAAGAAAAGGGGCAUCGCUUUCGUAUCGCCUUUAAGAAGGUGAAGGGAAUUCUGCAGAAGGGCCAGCGUGAUUCACCCAAUGAAGCCGCUGAAAUGCUUGGCACCCCCCCUUCAAGCAAGUCCGGCCCUUCUGGAUACAAGAGCGCCCAUCAUGUAGCCCCAGCCCUUCGUAUCGAUACCUCCUCUAACACCAGUAGAGCUUCGUCGUCAACCUCAAGACAGCAAGGGUAUCGGCCAACUUCUGACCUGGGGUCCUCCUCUGAUGUUGUAUCAAGUCGUCUGGGGUCUCGUUCUCGUUCUCGGCUUCCAGGAACGGUGAACCGUCUCACUCCAAAUCAAUUGGAUGUACCACAGCAUACGCCUGCGUCGGUCGGGGAUUUGAUGACCCCGCGCUCCAGUUCUCCAGCUGGAAUUGGGGUGCAAUUUUAUGACCCUAGUCACGCGUUGUCCGCUUCAGCCAAAACUGAAACCCCGACGCAAGCGCGGCUCAGGUCUGAGAUAUCUCGUCCCCAUCCCCUCCAAACCUCACCCACACGCCAUCAGCCCGAAGGCUUUUCGCCUCAAACAUCGCCUCAAAGUCCUAAAAUCAUUCUUCCGCAACAACGUCGUUCUGUGGAUCCUGGAGAAAUGAUGUCCAUUUCACCUCCAAGGUCCGCAACUAAGCCUCGCAGUUCAUCUGCGUCUCUCCUUGCCACUCCACUUUUCAAUACUCAGCGCCUGCGGGGUCGGAGCUCCAAUGUAUCUGUCGUUUCGGCUGUGAGCGCCGCGGAUGAGCAGCCCUCCUCUUCUGUUGGCAGUGGCGGGAUGAGGAGCCUGUGGAAAAGCAUCACCGCAUGGAGGCAUCAACCAAAUACGGGACGGUCGCCAGCUGGUCAGCAUCAUUCUCAGCAAAGAGAUCCCCCGUCCACCGCAUCUUCGGAAUUAGAGCUGGAGUCUGGAUCCGAAGGAUUGAGGUCGCCUUUGAGCUCGUCGGCGGGAGGUGCUCGUACACCAUCUUCUACCGCACCGAGCAUGGCUCGAGGGCGGAUUCCCAAUCCUCAGUUUAGUAUGAGCCCUAUGUCUUCUGGUGCUCAUGGGGCCGUUCAAGCUCAAAUCGGUGACCGUAGGGUUGGUGUUUCGCCUCCUGUGGAGCAUGAGGCGGAUGCGGGAUAUGACGGUGAGGAUUGGGAGCCAGAUAACUGGAGUGAUGAUGAUUCUUUUGGAGACCCGAAUAACGCUGUAAGUAUGUUCGGCGCUGGGGGGCUACUUUCUGUCCAGAGUGGAGAACCGACAAGACGAUACGUCACACGUGGCGAAGGCGAAGAUGAAGCAUGGGAAAUGAGAUCGGGCGAAGAGGCUGCACCUUGUGAUCAACGACAAUCGGAUGAUCCGUUAGAAGGCUAUUGGUCGUCGACUUCCCCUCUCGCUGGGAACCAUCCCUCUAGUCCGUGGACUUCCUCACCACAUCAACAUUAUAAUCGAGGUUCCCCUUCGAAGUCUCAACCAUCUCAGACUCAGUCGCGCGUACCGUCUGGAUCGUCCAAAUCUGAGUCCUCUGCACAUCCGCUUCAUCAGUACGCGGCGGCUUUGGAGAGACGGAAGUCCGAGUCCGCGCGUCGUUCACUGUCGCGCCCGAGAAACCUUACCACGGAAUGCCCCCUUGCGGAGAGUGGCUCGGGAAGCAGUGACGAUGAAGGCGGUCUUCGACUCCCAAGAAAGCAUCGAUGAAAGAAUCUAAGUGAAAUCUUUACGGAUUCAAUCAAGGAUGAAGAAGAGGUAGAAAAUGAUCUCCACCUCUCUAACUUAUUGAUUUUGGAUUAGAAUUUGUGCAUGGGGGGGUCUCUCUGCUCAUUCGAGGCUGUUGACUUUCUUUUUAGCUUUUAUCCCUUCAGUUGUUGUUGUUGCCUUAUUUAUUUGUUUCUAUAUUGUUUUAGAGGUGCCUCUCACUACGUAGUUGUUGGGGGUCUUGGGGUUGGAAAAACUUCGUCCAAAACUUACAUACAUAAUGUACUUGCGUUUCUCUGGCAGCUGCAUAUGGUUUCCCAUUUAUAGUACUGUAUCUGUACAGCCACUUACCCACGCUUAGCAUACGUUGCGUGGCAGCCUCAAGUCAGUCUUUCGGUAUUCUCAGAAACGAUUCUG